AUGAAGCGUUCAGACAAGUCCCUGCUUCUACCCCUCAACGUCUCGACUCUGCUGGUGUUUGUGGUGACGGUCAUACUGACCGUCUUUGCCGAGCUUGGAGGAUCAGAGAUAUUCCUGAGUACCACGGCCGAUGUGUUCAGCGUUUACGAGAACGUGUUCAGGAAGGCCCGAUGGUCUAUCUACGUGUUUGUCUUCAUAUAUGCUCUUCAACCUCUCUGGCUCAUCUUUUCGCUGACCCUGUUCUGCAGGAAGGGACCACAUGGUCCUCUCUACCUCCAUCCCGUCCUCUUCACACCCGCCUUCUUCUGGGUACACAUCCUGGGUGAUCUUCUCUACAUCAGCUGGCUCUUCCUCCUCGACAGAGAAGCCCUGGAACUGGCCUUCGUAUUCCUUCUUGGGUCGACGAUCUGUUACUACGCAUGCCUUGUCAUCAGUUACAGAACCAGGUUCGAAAACAAGCUCGAACUGGAGACGAAAGGGCGUAACGUUGACAACGUGCUCUUCAUAAUAUUCGUUGAGAAUACUAUUGCUGCCUUUGCGACCUGGCUUCUUAGUAACGCGUUGUUCACCCUGGCUAUGGUGAUGACCGCCCGAUCCAGCACGCCACUAGACCCAGUAACAGCCGGCUGGGAUUUUGGCGAUUGCAGCGUUCAACAUCAAAUAGAAUACAUCCAGACAAAUCAUCCUAACACGUACCUGCCUUCGGUACGGAAACAGAACCAUUGA